CUCAGGUAUCCUUCCGACUUCCCGUAAAUAGUCCCUGGCCCGACACCUCCCCUUUCACCUACAGUUGCUCCUUCGGCCUAGCGGCCCCCCAGUUUCGGUCAGCGGUGUCACGGACUAAUUUUAUGCCCCGUUUUGGGCGGCUCUCGCGGGCGCUCAGGUCUCGGACUCGGUGUCGGCGGAUAUAGUAACGGGGCCCGGCCCCGUAUUCCUCCGCGGGCCCGUUCUCCUCCUCAGACUGUUUUGGUCUUUCUCGCCUGUGGCAACCGUGGAGGCUUCUUCCCUGGCUCCGCUCUCCCCUCAAAGAAGCCGGUGAGGCCACCAGCUGCAGCCCCUGGCCUGACGCCUUCGCUAGGCCCCGAGUGUAUUGUGUUCCCACAGACUGCCAUCCUAACCCGGAGGAGGAGGAAGAAGAAGAGGGCACGUCACCGCCGCCGCUCUCCGCUCUGUCUGUCAGGCUUGUCAGCUGCUGCGGACCCCGCUGGUGGUUUAUGGGACCGCCGUCAUCAUGUCCAUGAAGCAGAGCGGUAAUAACAGGAAGCCCGGCGGAGGGAGCAGUGUGCCGGCACCCGGAGGAGGCAGGCAGAACAUUGGCAGGGGGCGCAGCAGUGGCAAAGUACCUCCACAGUCUAUUUCUUUUGAUGGAAUCUAUGCAAAUAUGAGAAUGGUCCACAUUCUAACUUCAGUAGUUGGAUCAAAAUGUGAGGUACAUGUAAAAAAUGGAAGUGUAUAUGAAGGGGUUUUUAAAACCUAUAGUCCUAAGUGUGACUUGGUGCUCGAUGCAGCUCACAAGAAAAAUAAAGACUCUGUUGGUGGGCCAAAGCGUGAAGAUAUUGUGGAUAGUAUAUUAUUCAAGUCUUCUGAUUUUGUGAUGGUGCAGUUUAAGGAUAUGGAUGUGAAUUAUGCAAGAAGAGAUGGCUUCACUGAUUCUGGUAUAGCUUCUAAAGUUAAUGGUGAACAUAAAGAGAAAGAUCUGGAGCCAUGGGAUGGGGGUGAUGUCCUCCUUAGUAGCAAUGCAUCUACUAAUAAUGAUGAGCUGGAAUCUUUAGAUACAGAUGUAUCUAAUGGUUGGGAUCCCAAUGAAAUGUUUCGCUAUAAUGAAGAAAAUUAUGGUGUAGUAUCCACCUAUGACAGCAGUCUUUCCUCAUAUACAGUUCCUUUAGAAAGGGACAAUUCUGAAGAGUUUUUAAAGAGGGAAGCACGAGCAGCUCAGAUAGCAGAAGAGAUUGAGUCAAGCUCUCAAUAUAAAGCCCGUGUUGCCUUGGAAAAUGACGACAGAUCUGAAGAGGAAAAAUACACCGCUGUUCAACGCAAUAUGUGCGACCGGGAUGGACAUUCUGUGACUCCUAGGGAAAAUAAAUAUGUACCUCCAGGGCAGAGAAGUAAGGAUGGAAUGUCAUGGAGUAGCCAUGGUGUACGGCAAAAUUCACCAAGGAUGGGUAAUUCUGGAUCUGGACCUAUACCAUCAAGAACUGGAUCACAUUCUUCAGAGUACAGUCCCAGCUCUGGAACUGACCAAAGAGUUGUUAAUGGAGGUGUUUCCUGGCCAUCGCCUUGUCCAUCUCCUUCCUCCCGCCCACCUUCUCGCUACCAGUCAGGUCCCAACUCUCUUCCACCUCGGGCAGCCACCCCUACAAGGCCGCCCUCCAGGCCCCCUUCGCGGCCAUCAAGGCCACCGUCUCACCCCUCUGCUCAUGGUUCUCCAGCUCCUGUCUCUACUAUGCCUAAACGCAUGUCUUCAGAAGGACCUCCAAGGAUGUCACCCAAGGCACAGCGCCAUCCUCGACCCCACAGAGUUUCUAAUGGUAGGAGCACAAUGUGUGGGGGCCUUGAGUUUGUUUCUCGUAAUGAGCCUGGAGAAGUGUCUUCUCCACCUGUAGCUCGAAAUAACUCCUCUGGCAGCUCGUGGUCAUCUGUUGUGAGCGGAGUGCAGAGACUGUCUCCAAAGACUCACCGGCCCCGAUCUCCAAGACAAAGUGCCAUCGGUGGUGGUUCUACCGCACCACCUCUAAACUCUCCUCAGGCUGGUUCUACAACGCCUGAAUCUGUAACUGUGCCUGUACCCACUGGAUCACCAACACCUGCAAGCCCAGCUACAAAUAGAGCAGUUACCCCAUCUUGUGAAGCCAAGGACUCAAGGUUACAAGACCAGAGGCAAAAUUCACCAGCUGGAGGUAGAGAGGCCAUCAAGCAAAGUGACUCCUCUAGCUUUAUCAAACCCGAGAACAAAGUAAUGCCUCCAAUGCCUUCGGAACAAAGGAAGCAACUAGAUGAUUUAAAGAAGUUUAAAAAUGACUUCAGGCUACAGUCUAGUUCAAGCCCUGAUGCUAUUGACCACAUACUUGGAAAAAAUCGUGAUGGUGUGGAGAAGCCUAGAGAACUCCUGAAGGAAAAGCCAGAUUCAAGUUCCAAGGAGUCGCCUAGUGAAAGUGGCAGCAAUGCACCUACUAGUAACAGUAGCAGCAAGCCAAGUAGUCCAAGCAUCUCCCCAUCCAUUAGCAGUAGUAGCUCUGAACCCAAGAGAGGCCCUGAGGUUACAUCACAGGGUGUACAAACCUCUGGCCCUGGCAAACCGGAUCGGGAAGACAAGGAUGACAAAAAGGAAAAUGCUGCAGAGCAAGUACGAAAAUCCACUCUAAAUCCCAAUGCCAAGGAGUUCAACCCACGGUCAUAUGCCCAGCCUAAACCUUCUACAACACCCACCUCACCUCGGCCACAAGCUCAGCCAAGUCCUUCAAUGGUGGCCCAUCAGCAGCCAACCCCGGUAUACACGCAGCCGGUAUGCUUUGCCCCAAAUAUGAUGUAUCCAGUUCCUGUAAGCCCCGGUGUGCAGCCAUUAUAUUCAAUUCCAAUGACGACAAUGCCAGUUAACCAGGCCAAGACAUACAGAGCAGGUAAAGUACCAAAUAUGCCCCAGCAGAGGCAAGAUCAGCAUCACCAGAACACGAUGAUACACCCAGUGUCUGCAGCAGGACCUCCUAUUGUUGCUACAUCACCUGCCUACUCUGCACAGUAUGUUACUUAUAGCCCGCAGCAGUUCCCUAGCCAGCCUCUCAUGCAGCAUGUGCAACAUUAUCAAUCACAGCAUCCACAUGUAUAUAGUCCUGUAAUUCAAGGAAAUUCCAGAAUGAUGGCUCCUCCAGCACAUGCACAUGCACAGGCCGGCUUAGUGUCUUCAUCAGGAGCACAGUAUGGAGCUCCAGAGCAAACACAUGCUAUGUAUGUUUCUACUAACUCGCUAGCUCAGCAGUAUGCCCACCCCAGUACUGCUCUACAUCCUCACCCUCCUCAUCCUCAGCCUUCAGCAACUCCUACUGGACAGCAACAAUCUCAGCAUGGGGGUAGUCACCCAUCACCAAGCCCAGUUCAGCACAUUCUCCCAAAAGGAUUUUGGCUUCCUCAGCAUCAUCAGCACCAAGCUGCCCAGGCUUUACAUCUAGCUAACCAGCAGCAACAAUCUGCAAUUUACCAUACUGGACUUGCCCCUACACCACCUUCAAUGACCCCAGGCUCCAAUGCACAGUCCCCACAAAGCAGCUUUCCCACUCAGCAGACUGUAUUCACCAUCCAUCCCUCCCAUGUCCAGCCUGCCUAUACCAAUCAACCUCACAUGGCACAUGUGCAGCAGGCUCAUGUACAGUCAGGAAUGGUCCCGUCCCAUCCAACAGCUCAUCCUAUGAUGCUGAUGACGGCACAACCACCAGGGGGUCCACAAGCUGCUCUGCAACAGAGUGCUUUACAGCCCAUUCCUGUUUCUACAACUGCACACUUUCCCUAUAUGACACAUCCUCCAGUGCAAGCACAUCACCAACAACAGCUGUGAAUCUGGAGAUUCUGUGAAAAGGCUGGAACCCUUUUGUAGGCCAAAAAAAUCUCCCACUUUCUGCUUCCUUCCAGUGGAAGUCCCAACAUCUAGAAUUUACCAGUUUUGACACAAAAAAAAAACCUUGAUUUCUGCUAACCUUCAUUAGGAAUGCUAAUUGAUCAUCUUGCAGUGGGAAAGAUUUGAACUGCGUACAGGCAUGUAGGAAUUUGCAGGCUACACUGCAUCGGUCCUCCAAAAUCCCAAUCGUUGCUUGCUGAUAACUGGAAGUUAUUUAUUUUUAAUGGCCCUUCUAAGUUAUGAACUCAUCAGCUAGCAAAGGAAAUAACACGAGUGAUUCUUGCUGCUAUCAUCACCUUUAAAAACAAAAAAUCAAGACUCUAAAAUCCCUUUUUAUGUCUAAACUUGAAACCAAUUCAGUACAGAUUCUUAUCAUCAAACUGAUGGAUUAUUAUUUAUGAAUCAGGUUUGAUGUGGCUGUUGCCUCAAAGCAACAGUAACUUUUAAGUUAAGGAAGAACUUUUACUUUGUAGAUAAUAUAAAAUAAAAACUAAAAAAAAAAAUCAAAAAAUUAAAAAAGUUUUAAAAACUGAUUGCGGGAGUUGUGCUGUUAAUCCAUUGGAUAUGGUUUUUGUCAUUUCUGGAAUGGCUGUUACCACCCUUAUGAUAUGACUGUUGACAUGUUCUUUCGGCAUGAAACACACGUGGUACCUUUUUGUAGGAAUUUUUCUUUGUUCAAUGUAUUAAAAUUCUGUGGUUUAAUUCCUGAUAACUGAAGCAAAAGAGAUGCCAUUUCAAAUAUCAAAGUUAAUUAAUCUGAACCUGAUCAGAUCCUGUGAGAAACAGCCUACUUUUCUCUGUUUUACAGAAGUCUUUUCCAUUACAAGUAAAAACCCUGCACC